AUGAAGAUCCUUAGUUGGAAUGCCAGGGGUUGUAAUGCUCCUGACAAGCAUCGUCUGAUCAAGCGAGGGCUUGACCAAGUGAAACCAGAUAUUGUUUGUUUGCAGGAAACUAAGCUCAGUAGGGAAGAUGCGGAGAUUUCGCUGGGUGCUGGGAGAUUCUGGGAAGGAGUGUUUUCAAGUGCAGAGGGCUCUUCAGGACCUGGUGGUGCUUGGGGGGAUUUUGAUGCCAUUCUAGAUUCUAGUGACAAGAUAGGAGCGAGAAUGGGUAUUACUACAUCCCAACUGGGUUUUCAAAAUUUCAUUUCUGAUAAUGGCUUACGAGAAGUUAAGACCAACAAAGGGUCUUAUACUUGGUCGAAUCGGAGGACAGACAAGCAACACAUUGCUGAGAAGUUGGAUAGAUUUUUUCUGGGGGGUAAUUGGGCUUCUAAACCUCUCCUUUUUGAAGCUAGGGUUUUACCCUUAGCAGCUUCUGAUCAUUUUUCUAUUGAGCUCCUCAUUUGCCUAGAUUGUGUUCUGAUUCGCUGUCCUUUCAAGUUUGAGAAAAUGUGGCUACGGGACUCAUCUUUGAAGGAGUUUGUUGCGUCAACAUGGAAGGAGGCCCAUGUGAGAACAGGCUCGGAGGCUUUUAGAUUUUUAAAAAAAUUGCAGCAUCUCAAAGGUAAAUUAAAGGAAUGGAACAAGGUUAAGUUCAGAAACAUCUUUAAUAGCAGAAGCAGGGUUGAAGCGGAGCUAAAGGAUUUGGAGUGCUCAAUUUUGUAUCAUGGAAUGACACUGGAUGCUUUUAAUAAGGAGAAGAUGCUAAAACUAAGACUCAAUGAACUGUUGGCGAGGGAAGAAGUUUAUUGGAAGCAGAAAUCAAGAGAAGGGUGGUUAAAGGAAGGUGAUAAGAACACAAAAUUCUUCCACAAUUCAGUUUAA